GGGAUUUGAGGCUGCCUGAGCUCCCUGCUCUGCUAGUUGGAGGCAAGGAUUUGGGUGCUGCCCAGGACAGGUAUCCAGCCUUCAGAAGAAAAGCACAUUUGGAUUUAUUAUUACAAGCUCCUGAAUACUACAAGCCACAAUUACAGAAUACACUAACCUACCCCCCCCCCAAGCUGGUACCCAGCACUACACAACAAGCAUGUGUUUCUGUCACUGUCCCAUCAAAGUUUUGCAUUUUAUAUAAUAUUUGGAGGUGCAAUUAAAUUGCACAGAUUUGUCUUUUUCUAUUUAUUUUUUUGCUGCUUUUUUCCUGCUUGCCUUUUGGAAUUGGACUUCAAGGAUCUUACAGAUUUUAUUUUCUGAGCAGCAAGUCCUGCUGUCAUUCUUCUUGUACUCUGUGGCGCCCAGCAUCUGCAUAGGGUUUGGACAUCGGACAUCGGGGGGUCGUGUUAGGAUCCCUGGGUGUCCUUCGGCGUUCCCGCCAUGCCAGCCCGGGAGCCAAUCCUGUGGCUGUGUAUCCUGCAGACCCUAUGCUCCGCCUUCGCCAAGGACUCGGCACCGCCCACUCCGCGCGUACAGCUGUCUUUCCGAGAUCUCAAGGCUUCUGGCACUGCUCACUUUCUAAGCUUCCUGCUGAACACAACAGACUACCGGAUCCUAUUAAAGGAUGAAGAUCAUGAUCGUAUGUAUGUUGGGAGCAAGGACUUCAUCUUAUCUCUGGACCUGCAGGAUAUCAACCGUGAACCUCUCAUUAUUCACUGGCCAGCAUCCCAGCAGAGGAUAGAAGAGUGCGUGUUAUCUGGGAAAGACAGCAAUGGGGAGUGUGGCAACUUUAUCCGUCUGAUCCAGCCAUGGAACAGAACUCACCUGUAUGUGUGCGGAACUGGGGCAUACAAUCCUGUGUGCACCUACAUCAACCGAGGGCGCAAAGCACAGGAUUAUGUGUUUUAUCUGGAGCCAGAUCGAGUGGAAUCUGGGAAGGGCAAGUGUGCCUAUGACCCCAAGCUAGAUAGUGUGUCAGCCCUCAUCAAUGAAGAGCUGUAUUCUGGUGUAUAUAUAGAUUUCAUGGGAACUGACGCUGCCAUUUUCCGAGCAAUGGGAAAGCAGGCAGCAAUGAGAACAGAUCAGUACAACUCACGCUGGCUCAAUGACCCAGCAUUUGUCCACGUGCAUCUCAUUCCGGACAGCGCAGAUCGAAAUGAUGACAAGCUCUACUUCUUUUUCCGUGAGAAGUCUACAGAUUCUCCUCACAGUCCCACAGUCUACUCCCGCAUUGGACGUGUCUGCCUUAAUGAUGAUGGAGGUCACUGCUGCCUUGUCAAUAAAUGGAGCACUUUUCUAAAAGCACGACUGAUAUGUUCAGUGCCUGGAGCGGAUGGAAUAGAGACCCACUUCGAUGAGCUACAGGAUGUAUUUAUCCAGCAGACACAGGACAAUAAAAAUCCAGUGAUAUAUGCAGUCUUUUCUUCUUCGGGAUCUGUGUUUAAAGGAUCAGCAGUUUGUGUAUAUUCCAUGUCGGACAUCCGUAUGGUGUUUAAUGGGCCAUUUGCUCACAAAGAGGGACCCAACUACCAGUGGAUGCCUUAUACAGGAAAGAUUCCAUACCCACGCCCUGGCACGUGUCCAGGUGGAACCUUCACCCCAUCAAUGAAGUCCACCAAGGAUUACCCAGAUGAAGUGAUAAACUUUAUGCGUACACACCCUGUCAUGUACAAUCCUGUGUAUCCAGUGCACCGCCAGCCAUUACUAGUCCGCACCAACGUCAACUACCGAUUCACUACUAUUGCAGUAGACCAAGUGGAUGCAUCUGACGGGCGCUAUGAAGUGCUGUUUUUGGGUACAGAUAAGGGAACAGUACAGAAAGUGAUUGUUCUACCAAAAGAUGACCUGGAGACAGAAGAGCUUAUAUUAGAAGAAGUAGAAGUGUUCAAGAAACGUAUUCAACAGCUUUAUGUGGCUUCUAUGUCAGGGGUGACGCACGUGGCCCUCCAUCGCUGUGAUGUGUAUGGCGAGGCUUGCGCAGAUUGCUGUCUUGCCAGAGAUCCUUACUGCGCAUGGGACGGGAAAACCUGCUCUCGCUACUCGGCUUCCUCCAAAAGACGUAGCCGACGUCAGGAUGUGAGGCAUGGGAAUCCAAUGAGGCAGUGCAGAGGGUACAAUUCAAAUGCUAGUAAGAAUGGGGUGGAUGGAGUGCAGUAUGGAGUGGAGGGCAGUUCAGCCUUCCUGGAGUGUCAGCCGCGCUCCCCCCAAGCCGCAGUGAAAUGGAUUCUCCAGAAGGACAACACUGAUCGAAAAAAAGAGCUCCGUUCUGAAGGUCGCUUCCUGAAGACAGAACAAGGACUACUCAUGCGCUCCCUGCAACUGUCCGACUCUGGAGUGUACCACUGCACAGCCACCGAGAACAGUUUCAAGCACACCGUGAUGCGUGUCCGUCUCCAUGUCCUGGGUGCCGACGCCGUCACAGCAGCACUCCUUCAGCCAGAACCUCCUGUGGCCCUUGCCACCAACCCAGCUGGGCCCCCAGGUGCCUAUGAUGAUUUAGUUCAGCUUCUUUCUCAGCCUGAGAUGGGGCUUCUCAAUCAGUACUGUCAGGGAUAUUGGCGCCCUCCAGGCUCUACACAGACUGAUGCAAAGGAGUUUCAGGACCAAAAACGUGCCAGGAACCGGAGAAAUCAUCCGCCUACUGGGGAACUGCAGACAUGAAACAGGACCAAUCAAUUCUAGGACCAACUAUUCUUCAUCUCCUUACUUCCCCCACAUAUUGCCUCCUUUCCGGACUGACCCCUAUUUUAUUUUUUACUCAAACCUCUUUUUUUUUUUAAAUAUCAUGACAAAAAGCAGAACAAACUAUAAAUAUAUAAAUAUAUAAAAUAUAUAUAGAUAUAUAAAGAAAGAAGGGGGUUUACUUUUUCCUGAGUCUCUUAGACUUUAUUUAUUGGGGGAACUCAAAUCCCUCCCAUGCCAAUUCCUCUUUUAUUGGGGUGCAGUAUGGACAGAGAGGAUUGGUCCUAGUUUCUGAAAUGAUGUGACAUUUCACCAUGGGGGACACUUUACAUCAUGUGACUCUACCGAAACCCCUGAUGCUCGUGUCUUCUUUGCUUGAGGGACCCGCAGAGUGUCAGCGGCGUGUUACUGCUUUAAUACUACCAGAGCCUGCAGAUAAUUGCACAUAAGCCCCUCUCAGACUCCACAAACUGCAGGGUGUGAUUCUGCCACCCGCCAGUACUUCAGGAAUCUGCAGAUCAUUGCUCCAUUCUCACUUGGCAAUACAGUUUGCAGAGCAGCUCCCCAUUAUCAUCGCUCUGCAGGCUGACACUUCAAUAAAGAGUCACUGACAAA